AUGACGGCCGCUCGGGCCGGGGGCGGGGAGGCGGGGGCGCUGGGCUGGCGGGAAGCCAUCAACCGUCUCCACGAGGCCGUGCCUGGCGUCCGGGGAUCCUGGAAGAAAAAGGCCCCCAACAAGGCCCUGGCGUCCGUCCUGGGCAAGAGCAACCUUCGCUUCGCCGGCAUGAGCAUCUCCAUCCACAUCUCCACCGACGGCCUCAGCCUCUCCGUGCCCGCCACGCGCCAGGUCAUCGCCAGCCACCACAUGCCGUCCAUCUCCUUCGCAUCGGGCGGAGACACGGACAUGACGGAUUACGUGGCCUACGUCGCCAAGGACCCCAUCAACCAGAGAGCCUGCCACAUCCUGGAGUGCUGUGAGGGCCUGGCCCAGAGUGUCAUCAGCACCGUCGGCCAAGCCUUCGAGCUGCGCUUCAAGCAGUACCUGCACAGCCCACCCAAGGUGGCACUGCCCCCAGAAAGGCUGGCGGGGCCAGAGGAGUCGGCGUGGGGGGACGAGGAGGAGGCUGUGGAGCACAGUUACUACAACAGCGUCCCGGGGAAGGAGCCGCCGCCGGGCGGGCUGGUGGACUCCAGGCUGGCCCUGACACAGCCCUGCGCCCUCACGGCCCUCGGCCAGGGUCCAUCUGCUUCUCUAAGAGAUGCCCGCAGCCUGCCAUGGGACGUGGGGUCCACGGGUGCAGCUCCACCAGGGGACGGCUAUGUGCAGGCGGACGCCCGGGGCCCCUUGGACCUGGAGGAACACCUCUAUGUCAACACCCAGGGUCUGGACGCCCCCGAGCCGGAGGACGCGGUGCUCCUGCAGCCCAAGGACAGUCCCAAGAAGGAUCUGUUUGAUAUGCGACCCUUCGAGGAUGCCCUGAAGUUGCAUGAGUGCUCAGUGGCCGCAGGUAUGACAGCAGCCCCCCUUCCCUUGGAGGACCAGUGGCCCAGCCCCCCUACCCGCCGGGCCCCUGUGGCCCCCACAGAGGAACAGCUGCGCCAGGAGCCCUGGUACCACGGCCGGAUGAGCCGUCGGGCGGCAGAGAGGAUGCUUCGAGCUGAUGGGGACUUCCUUGUGCGAGACAGCGUCACCAACCCCGGGCAGUAUGUCCUCACCGGCAUGCACGCCGGGCAGCCCAAACACCUGCUGCUGGUGGACCCCGAGGGCGUGGUGCGGACGAAGGACGUGCUGUUUGAGAGCAUCAGCCACCUGAUCGACCACCACCUGCAGAACGGGCAGCCCAUCGUGGCCGCGGAGAGCGAGCUGCACCUGCGCGGCGUGGUCUCACGGGAGCCCUGAGCCCGGUGACCGUGCUCAGCCCCGGCUCCUGCCUGUCGUGGCCUUGGGGCUCUCAGCCCUCCUCCUGGAUCCUGGUCAGGCCGAACCGCCGCUGCCUCUCCUUCCUUCGCAUGAGCCUCUGGCAUGGUCCUCCCUCCAGCCGGCCCGGGCUGGGCAGAGCCUCCUCCUGCCGGGGCCCCUGCCCACCCCCUCCUAUUUCUGGAGUGAGGAUUUUCAUACCAAAGACAGAACCAUUUCUCGCCUUUAAAGAAAAUAUAUCCAGAAGCAGCUGCUGCCUGGGAGCCCUGGCCUGUGGGUCCCCCUCUUGGCCGGCUGGUUCGGUCUCACGCCCGGGAGAGUCAGGGCUCCCAGGACCCUGGGGAGGAGGUGGAUUCCAGGCCUGGCUGGGCUUACUUUUCCCACCUGAGGAACUGGGUGCACAGUUGUCUUUGAUGGGGGUCAGUUAAGGUGCUUUGGGGUUCUCAGGCCAGGACACAUGCUGAUGUUGGAAGUGGAGGCAGCCUUGAGGUUACCUGGGAUUCCGGGGUAGCCGGGCCGCUCCGAGACCGUUGAUAUUGUGAGGCCCUUACACUUGGGAGUAGGGGGAAGGACGUGGCUGCCCGGCCUGGGCUGUGCCCACCAGCUUCCGCCCAAUCCCGCCCUCCCAGCUGUGGAUCUAGACCAGAUGUUCGGAUCGGUUUGUCAUUAAACCUGGGAACAGCCACGAGA